AUGUUGUGGACGAGUCUCAUCUGUCUUUUUGCCUUGUGCCAAGCACAAGAAAUCAAACAAUUGCCCGGGGUUGGCUUUGAAUUGAAUUUCAAGCACUAUUCCGGUUUCUUCCAAGUCUCCGACACACAUCUGCUUCACUAUUGGUUCGUUGAGUCUCAGAAUGAACCCGAAAAGGAUCCGCUGAUCUUCUGGUUCAACGGUGGACCAGGUUGUUCCUCGUUGGACGGCCUUCUCAACGAGAUGGGACCGUAUGUGGCAAACUACGACGGAAAGAGCCUCAGGGAAAACCCUUACUCCUGGAAUAAGAUGGCCUCUGUGGUAUACAUCGAGUCCCCAGCAGGAGUCGGAUACUCCUAUUCCACCGACGGGAACAUCACCACUAAUGAUGAUCAGACUUCACUUGAGAACUACGAGGCCGUCAAGGGAUUCUUCAAUACUUUCCCUCAAUUCCGACAUCACGCUACCUACAUCAUGGGAGAAUCAUACGGAGGUGUGUAUGUACCGACACUGACGGCAAGAAUCGUUGAUGGCCAAAAGGACUUCCCCAUCAACCUGAAGGGAAUGGCACUUGGAAAUGGUUAUGUAAAUGAGAAGCUGAAUAUCGACACUUCCAUUCGCUAUGCCUACGGCCAUGGGAUCAUCGAUGAAAAGACAUGGAACACCCUCGAAAGGGAUUGCUGCAAAGGCUGCAUCGAUUCCUGCGAUUUUACUCAGGUUACCGGUCAUUGUGCCACGAUGGUCGAGGACAUCUUCCAGUUCCUUUGGGCUGGUGGACUGAAUCCCUAUGAUCUGUACAGAGACUGUGACCCGAACCCGGCAAUCAACGGUGAAAGGAUGACCCAUAUGCUUAAAGGUGAGUUGCUGCCGGUUACAAAUCGUCUGUACUAUGCUCCAUGUCUCAACGACACAGAUGUGAUAACAUACAUGAAUGAUGCCAAAGUUCGAAAAGCCCUUAACAUUCCUUUCAACCUGCCUAAAUGGGAUAUCUGCAGUAAUCAAGUCACUAGCACCUAUCAGAAGCAGUACGGAGACAUGGCACCGUUCAUUAAGAAGAUCGUCGCUGCAAAUGUCCGAGUACUCCUUUACUAUGGAGACACUGACAUGGCAUGCAACUUCAUGAUGGGUCAACAAUUCGCCGAUCAACUCGGAUUGAAGCGAACACUCGGCAAAACUCCAUGGAAGUUUGAUCGUCAAAUCGCUGGAUUCAAGACGCUAUUCAAAGGACUCACCUUCAUCACAGUACGAGGUGCGGGUCAUAUGGCACCACAAUGGAGAGCUCCUCAGAUGUACUACGCUAUUCAACAAUUCUUGCUCAAUCAUCCUAUUUAA